UUUGAACAAAGAAAAAAAGAAGCAGCAAAAAAGAACAGAAGCAGCAACAGAGCAACAGACAUUCAUAUCUCACCUUCCCCACUUCCACAGAAUUGAACGAGCAGGACUGCAGGAGCAGCGCCGACCUCAGCUCUCCCUCCCGGCCUCCCUCCGCCCUUUGCCGCCGCUGUCUGGGUCUAUUAUUAUCAUCGUCCGCCACUCCAGUCCAUCCUCAGAUCAGGGGUCAAGGUUAUGAUGGUGCAAGCAACAUGCGGGGAGAGUUUAAUGGAUUAAAAGCAAUAAUUCUGAAAGACAAUCCAUCGGCACAUUACAUACAUUGCUUUGCUCAUCAACUUCAGUUAGUGAUUGUGGCUGUAGAAAAAAAGCAUGAUGAUGUUAAAGAAUUUUAUGAAACUCUUGGCAUGGUUGUUAAUACGGUUGGUGCUUCUUGCAAAAGAAAAGAUAUGAUGUUGGAGGAAAAAAAAGAGAGAGUGGAAAACGAAAUUCUAGCGGGUGAAAUUAACACAGGAAAAGGAUUAAACCAAGAGGUUUCCCUUGCCCGACCCGGAGACACACGAUGGGUUUCCCAUCAUAGAACCAUCAUAAGUUUGUUGAAAUUAUUUCCGGAAGUUGUUGUGGUACUUACUUUUAUUAAACAAGAUGGAGAGACCUUUCAAUAACGAUCCAAUGCGUCAGGUAUUCUAUCAUAUUUUGAGAGUCUUGAAUUUGUGUUUUACAUACACUCGUUGAAUGAUAUCUUAGGCCUCACAAUUGCUCUAUCAAAACAUCUUCAAAAAAAGAGUCAAGACUUGUUAGAAGCAUCUCAUUUGAUAAGCGGGACAAAACGAGCUUUGAAUCAUUUAAGACAAAAUGGGUUUGAAAAGAUGUUGGCAAACGUAACAUCUUCUUGUGAAAAAAACAACAUUAAGAUGUUAGAUAUGGUGGAAAGUUAUAGUAAUCAAAGAAACGAAAGUAUGUCAUUAGUAACCGCCAUCAUUUUGAAGUUGAGGUUUUUAAUACGGUUUUGGAUAUGCAACUUCAAGAACUUGGAAGCCGAUUUAGUGAGGUCUCAACUAGUUUGAUAGAAAAUAUGUCGGGUUUAAAUCAUUGUAAUUCGUUUGCUAAAUUUGACAUAUCAAAGAUAGUGAAGUUUUCUGAGAUGUAUCCGAAUGACUUUAAUAAAGAAGAAAGAGGGUGUCUUCCGGGUGAUCUUUCGACCUUCUAUCACACUUCAAAGGAAGAUGAUAAAUUUGCAAAUUUGACUGGAUUGAGUGACCUUGCUCGUGUAAUGGUGGAAACCGGAAAAAAUGAAACUUUUCCUUUGGUUCAUCGAACAUUGAAGCUAGCACUGACUUUACCGGUUGCAACCGCAACCGUUGAAAGAUGUUUUUCUAAAAUGAAGCUUAUCAAGACGGAUUUACGCAAUCGGAUGGGUGAUGAGUAUUUGAACAACGAUCUAAUUUGUGCGGUCGAAAAAGAAUGUUUUUGUAAAGUAAAAGAAGAGGAUGUCAUGGCCCGGUUUCCAGCUUUCAAAAACCGAAGAGGAGAACUCAUUUAGGUACAUGUUUAAAUUUAUUUAUCACCGCGCUACUAUCGUUGUUUCGUUUACAUUGUAUGAAGUACGUUAAAAAAAAUUUUGAAACGUUGCCCCUUAAGUAAUUUUCUAGAUCCGCCACUGCCCCCACCUCACGUUAGGCUUCAUAGCUACGCCAGCGGGCAACCCACCCUGGCCCGGUGUGGCUGAACCGGCGUUGCUUGGUUUCCCCCGCCCCACGUCCCACACCCCACGGUCUUAACCAGGUGUAUUAUUAUUAUGGUUGUAUCACGUAUAGUUUUAUACGUAACUUAUAACUGUC